CACAACCUAUCAAAAAGCCCGUGCAAAAGGUUAAGUUAGUAAAAAAAAGAAAAUAAAAAAAUACACACAGCAAAAUCAAGAAGUAACACACCGCUGCACCGCUGACUAGGGUUUUUGCAGCUUCGAAUACGAAAGGGCCGUACGCGAUGGGGGCCGCAUCCAGCAGACCGAGAACGUUGGUGGUGAACAACGACUCACCUGCCGGCCUGAUCGAAAUUUCCGACGAUGUGGUACAGCGGCUCAAGAGUGGCCUUCCGCCCAAGACGCAAGGUCGGAACGGUGACGCCCAGCAGCAGCAGCAGCCGGGUGGUGACGAAAGCAGCAGCAGCAGCAAUGUGCCCAUCGCUCGUGGCCCAAGCUCCUACCCAAAUCCGCCGGUACCACCAUCCGUAGUGUAUCAGGGUGAGCUGCCGCUCACCUCGAUGCAGGUCCUGCAGGAGAAGGAGCGCGAGCUGCGGGAGAAUGACGUGUACUGGACCCAGCGGCUGAAGGCACUCGAAGCAAACCUCGCCCGGACGAACCAGGUGCUGGAGAAGGAGUACAGUGACGCGGUUGCGGAUGUAAAGAAACGGUUCGCAACGACCGCCGUCCAGCAGCAGCUGCCACCGUGCCAGGAUCUGAAGGCGAAGGUUAUCGCAUGCUACCGACAAAACCCGCACGAAACGCUGCGCUGUGCCGAGGAGGUGAAGCACUUCACCGACUGCGUCAAUCAGCACCGGAUCCAGCUGCUACAGCAGCGUGCAGCAGCCGAAACUGGCAAGAAGUAAAAUCCGGGUCCUGGAAGAAGGCAAAGCGCACAUAGACGUACAUACACACACAAGCCGGUAGAUGGUUGAUCGAUCGGUGUGUGCGGUAUGAGAUGCCCGAGACGCUUUACGUUCGUCUGUGCUGCGUGACCAUUGGUUGUGCCUCUUCCCAUUGAACGAGUGUUUGUCUAGCUUGAAUGAUGUCGAUACAAUUAUUCGUUUGUAAAUAUAAAAUCAAAAUCAAACGACUUACCGGAUGAAGGGUUACAAUUUUUUUUCUCGCCUACUACAUUGCCGCUAAAGAUCUCAACAUCAACAAAAUACCUAUCGAAAAGGAGUCGGAGUCGUUCAGCUCUUUCGCUUAACUUUGUCUUACUUGUUUCAUUAUUCGCGCUUAGUACUAACUGAGAAGAUAGCAUGAAGCAAUAAACUACCGUGAUAACUA